CACUGGCGGGCGGUCCCUGUGCAUUGGGAUCCAUACAAUAGUGACGCAUAGUAUCCGGGAUCGUUUUACAGAUCGCGACUGCUUCCCAGGGAAAUACAAAUGUUCAAGAUAUAAACACCAAGGCUGGGAUAACAAUUUAGGACACACUACGCCAGGUGUCUGCUUAUUCUCGUCGAGCAUGGCUGACAUUGUAGAUGCUGGGUCGGAGCCAGAUACGGGCGGUGUUGGGGAUGGCAAAUAUGGAAACGUCCCAAUUUAUACAAAAAAAGAAUUCAUGGACACAAAAUACAAGAUGGACGGGUCUCCCGGCCUUGCAAUUAUCUUCAACAACAAAACGUUUAAAGACAAGACAUCUAGAACUGGAACUGAUAAAGACGCUGAAAACAUAAACCAACGUUUCAGGGAGCUUGGUUUUAAAGUAAAGAUUCACCAGGACAAGACAAGUUUUGAGAUGCAAUCACUUAUAGAUGAAGCGGCAAAAUCUGAUUUCUCUGACUAUGACUGCUUCGCUUGUGUCAUCCUGUCGUACGGUGAGGAGGGGCUGGUCUAUGGGACAGACGAACCAGUACAGGUCGAACACUUUGUAGAUCCAUUUAAACAGAACAACUCUCUGGCAGGCAAACCCAAGCUAUUCUUUAUACAGGCUUGCAACCAAGAAGAGCCCGAAGGAGGCGAGGACGUGAGUGAUGCAAUGGGUGUGACGGCAGAUGGUGGUGAUGAUGAAGAGUUGAUACCUGAGACGUACAGGAUCCCCGCAGAGGCUGACUUCUUCAUUGCAUACUCCGUUAUCCCAGGGUACUUCUCCUGGCAAGGCAGUGUGGAAAACGGAUCGUGGUUCAUCAGGGCUCUGUCUGAUGUUUUAGGAAAAUUCGGAACCUCACUUGACCUCAUGACAAUGAUGAUCCGUGUCAACAGACAAGUGGCUUACGACUUCGAGUUGAAUAAAAAAAAUGAAUUCAUUAAGAGGAAAAAACAGAUAGCGUGUAUAACGUCCAUGCUGACAAAAGACGUAUGUUUUUCCAGUCAAUAAGACGAGAUGAGGAAGAGUAACGAUGGUUUUGCCAGUAUUACUGGAUAGACAUUGUCAGGCCAUCAACCUCAGCUGUGGAGGCAGAAUACCAUCAAGGAUACAUGGAGUAUCAAUAGUGUCAGCAACAGCGCAAAUGGACAACUUCUUACCGUCAUACAAUGAGUCACUAUACUUUUUUUUCUUUUUAAUAUUUUUAUUUCAAUUCAGCAGACAUAAAUGAAACCUUGGUACAGAUAUGGGUAUAUACAUAUAUUGGAUAAAAUAUAUUAAGUUGGCUGAUAAUUCAUUCCAUUUUCUGUCGUAUUUAAUAAUACUACUUUUUUCCAUCGGUAUUUUUUCUUCUAUUUUAAAUACAUCUUUCAAUAUUUUUAUGAAGAAAGGAAAGCAUAUUGGAGUUUUCUUAAUGUUUGACCGGUGAAUGUAUUAUUUUGCAAGAAGAACUAUAUGGUUGAAAACAUAGCGGUUUUUGUUGUAGCAACAUAAUUUAUGUGGAAUGCUAAUAUGAAUACCAUGUGCAAAUUUUGAGUUAAGGUACACUUCAAAUUCUAACCAAAAUUUCUAUACAAAAACGCAUUCUACAUAUAAAUGGUAUACGUUUUCAGAUGCCAGAACAUAUAUCAUCAUCCAUUAACUUCAUUUUCAAUCAUUCCUUUUUUGGUAUAUAAAGCUCUAUUUAUGAAUAUGUACAGGAAAUCUAUUGGCUCCUUGGUACACAUUUUACAAAUAGUGAAGGUGUUAUUCAUAAAAUGCUUUGAAUAAGUUCAUUUUCCCAUUUAUCACACAUCAGAGGAAAGUUAUUUGUAGCUUUGAGUUUAUCAUAUAAUAUUCUGGAGCUCUUUGUUCUUGUCAACAAGUCUCUCAAAACGUUAUUUAUGUAUAAAUUAGCUGUGAGACAAUAUCUGCCAUUUAUUGCUUUUUCCAUGAUUUAGGGAUAUUUUGCAUUACUCAGUUGUAGUCAAGUAAAGUACCUUUAAUUUGAAAUUUGUCUUGUAAUUCUUCACUUGUUAAAAAUCUGUUGUUGCUACAUAACUCUUUUAAACUAUGAAAACCCUUAUUAAACCAAGCUGUCGCUAUACUUGGUUACACUUGGAGUUCUGCAUCAAUAUUUUCUUGUUGAUAUGAUAUGGUAUGAAAAUGCCAACACCAUUUGAAAAUAUACCUAGACAAAUGGAUGGUUAUUUGCUGCUGUUUUGAAUCAUUAAACGUGAAUGCAUAUAAUAAUCCUUUUAUAAAAGUGGUCAAGUUCUAUUAACAUAGUAGAAAGAUUCGCUUUUUAGAACUCAACCAUGUGUGGUGUCGGUCUUGUAACUCCGCGAAAUUCACGGUGCGGAGUUCCGUCCCUUACACGAAGAACAGAGGGCCAUGUUGAAAAAGUUGGGCAAUUAAGGCAAACAUUGUGCACUUCGAGUUAAAGGCACCAAACUUGGCAAGCUCAUACAAUGUACUACAUACCGACCAUUUCUUAAUAUGGUGCCAGCUCAACAACAACCCCUGGUGUUAGAAAAUCAAAGAUGGCCGUCAACAAGGCUGAAAUCACUAAUAAUGUCAAACUUUACUCAAUAUAUCAUAACUAUCUGGUCUGUCUUAGUACUGUCUUCGGGAUUAAUUGCAACAAUGCUAUAUUCACAUCUAGUAUGCAGAGACCAUAGGUGGUGACGAAAAUCCAAGAUGGACGCCAAGAUGAUUUCAUUUUCAGAAAUUGUUGUUUGUUCACAAUAUCAGUUAUGCAUCAUUUGUUCAAUUCAAUUCAAUUUAGCUAUAAACCAAUUCGAAUUAUGUUUUAUUGAAUUAAAGUUUAUGUUUUUGGUAAUAAAAUUCGUUGCAUCUUAA